ACUUGAUUCGAUCGUUGCAGUGAUUAUACAACUUUAAGUAUUGUUAGGUAGUUAUUUCCCAAAUGGAAGACUUGGUCGUUUGUACGUGCGUGACUUCGAGAUGAUACGCUAUCGCCAUUCGAAAGAUUUCGCCUUCUAAUAUUCGUUGUUUGUAUUUUGUGUUCGACACUACUUGAUGUCAAGUACCAGCUGAAUUCGACCGCAUCGACAAUGUUCUUGCCCACGAUGGUUUUGAACGUUCGCUGGAGAUUCCAAAAGAAACUAAACUUCGUCUUUCUGCUCUUCAUUUGGCAUAUUUCAUCGACGUAUGGUCAAGGUUAUUUUCCGAAAUUAGCAGACCUUGCAGAACUUAAACCCAUAACUUCAACGUCGACGUGCGGUUCGACAACUAGUAAAUAUUGCGAGUCUUCCAUUAGACAGACUUCUUUGCAAACUUGCGUUGAGCAAACGUGCAAAUUUGAUUGUUGUGCAAACUGUGGUUCAAGUAAACCCGUGCCUUCAGAUUUGGCGGAAUUUUCGGAUAAAUUUGGUGUCACACAAGACGGUGAUCCGAGAAAUGGGACCAUUGUCAGAUCGUUUAGAUUUCAAGGUGAUUCCCAUAUACGGCCUCUUAGGGUUCCUGCAAUAAACUACGUGAACCCCGGAUUCACUAUAAGCGUGUGGAUUAAACAGAAGAAAGGAAAUAAGGGGACAAUUAUUUCCAAAGAUGAAAACAUUCCACCAGAUUAUGCCAAUGUAUUUCAACUUGUCAUUCAGGAUUAUAACCUGAUGUUUUACUAUCGGCCGACUACUGGUAAUGCAUCUGUUGCCUCAUACACCCUUCUACAAAGCCAAAGUGAAAAGCUUCAAGCAGAUGAGUGGCAUUUAAUAACUGUGGCGGUUAUUAACAAAGGACUGUCAUAUUACAUUGAUGGAGAACUCAUGAAUGCAAAUGUUGCCACUCUGACUGGACCUAUCUCUGAUUCAGGAGGUGGUGUUCGAAUUGGACAAAAAUAUGGAGGUGACGCUGAGUGGCAGUAUGAAGGGUUGAUGCUAGACAUCUUUAUGUAUGAGAGAGCUUUGACCAACAGGGAAGCAACUGAGGCAUUUACUGGUGUGCUCCCGUUUGCAUAUGUUGCUAGCAGUUGCCGUUGUCCACCUACUCAUCCAAAAAUAAAUGUCGCUGAACCAGCUAAGUGUCUGAAAAACUUAGAAGGAGAUCUCGAUACUGUAUCCCGCCUAGCAGACACAGCACACCCAAUUGAGUUUGCUACUGAUGGCGACACCCUAAGCUUCUGGCUGUCUGAGAUCACAAAUAGUGUAACCAUUGACAUAAAUUUGUCUUAUUCAGGUUUGCAGGUCUUCUACAUUGUUUUGACAUUCUAUGGACCAGUGCCAGGGGGACUGGAAAUCUUACGAUCAACAGACAAUGGAAGAACUUUCCAUCCUUGGCAGUAUUUUGCUGAAGACUGUGUUUCUUCAUUUAGCUUACAAAACAACGGUCCUCUUACACAACCUGACUCGGUCAAUUGUGUCCAAUAUGUCAAGCCAUUGCUAUCCAGCCGAGAGGUGCUUACUUUUCAGACAGAAUAUCCGCCACCCCAAGGUUCCAAUAUUCCCGUGCGGCCUUUUGGUCAAGGUUGCAGCAACCUAUAUUGCUCAGAAAGUCUGCUGCAGUUCUUAAAAGCCACCCAUGUCAAAUUUCGCUUCCACAAUCACACUCUGGUACAGAAUCCUCAACAUAAAUAUUAUGGCUUGGAGAGAGUUCUUGUCACUGGCAGGUGUGAAUGUUUUGGGCACGCCUCAUCCAUCAGUUACGUUGAAGGGAAUGCUACACACCCGGGGUAUUGUGUCUGUGACUGUCACUCUUCAACUAACACUGAAGGGGAAACUUGUAAUCGAUGCAAGCCUUUGUACAAUAACAAACCAUUCCAACGAGGAGACCAAGACGAUUCAUACCCAUGCAUGAAGUGUGAGUGUAACGAGCAUGCCAGCAGUUGUGUUUACAAUCAAUCUCUGGAUACCAGUCCCAACUCACGUACCCAGGGAGGUGGAGGCGUGUGUAUCGACUGUCAGCACAACACCACAGGCCGAUUCUGUGAGGCAUGCAAGGAAAGAUUCUACAGGGAGUCUGGCAAGAGUCUUAAGUCGCCUGGUGUGUGCUCACCCUGUGGAUGUGAGGGGCCUGGGGUUCAGUCUGGAAAGUUGGACUGUGUUAAGGAUGAUUCAGAUUCAAAUGUCCUGGCUGGUCAGUGUGAAUGUAAAGCCAACACUGAAGGUCGUCAAUGUGAUGUCUGUGAGAAUGGCUACUUUGACCUCAAAGCAAGUCACGCAACUGGCUGUGUUGCGUGUGGAUGCGUACUGGAUGGCACCAAAAACCGGAACAUUUCAUGUCACGCAACAACAGGGCAGUGUGACUGUAAAGACAGAGUGACAGGUACAAAGUGUGACACCUGUAUGCCUGGAUACUGGGGGCUGUCGGGUGUGGAGCCUUUAGGCUGCAAAACAUGUGACUGUGAUCCAUUUGGAACAACAGUUGGGAAUGUAAACACGUGUAACGCGGUUUCAGGACAGUGUUCUUGCAAGCCAGGUUCAAUUGGAAGGAAAUGCGAUCAGUGUGAAGAUGGAUACCACAGCCUUACACAAAAUGGUUGUUCAUCAUGCAACUGUUCUGCUGCCGGAACUCAACCGUCACUCUUGAACAAGUGUGACAAAAAUACUGGCCGCUGUGACUGUAAGCUUAAUGUGGAAGGCAACAACUGCGAUCAAUGUAAACAAGGCUUUUAUAAUCUAUCACAGAGCAACCCUCAGGGCUGUGUCCAGUGUGCAUGUGACAUCAAAGGAACUGCGGGGGGAUCGGGACAGUGUGAGCAGCAGUCUGGAAACUGUACUUGUAAGCUGCUGGUGGUUGGUCAGAGGUGUAAUCAGUGUAAGCUGGGGACAUAUGGUCUGAACCAAUCAAAUCCUAAUGGAUGUCAACCUUGUAACUGCUUUCCAAAAGGAACUAGAGAUGGCGACACGAAGAGACCAGAUGAACUCCAGUGUUCCAGUAAUGGCCAAUGCUUUUGUCUGUCCAGUGUUUCUGGUCUACGCUGUGACUCUUGUGUCGCUGAAUAUUAUUGGAAUCCUACAGGACAAGGCUGUGUACAGUGUCAGUGUAACUCCGUUGGGUCUGUCGGAAGAAACUGUAACGAUACCGGUCAGUGCAUGUGUAAGGCAAAUAUUACUGGACGGCAAUGUGACAGAUGCAUUGAUGGUUACUAUGGUUUUAUAACUACUGGAAGCUGUACACCUUGUAACUGCAACGCAGCAGGCAGUCUAACCAAUCAGUGCAAUGAAAGAGGAGAAUGCCAGUGUAAAGACAACGUGAAAGGUGAUAAGUGUGAUCAGUGUAAAAACGGCACCGUUAAUCUGCAACAGAACAACAAAUAUGGCUGCAGUGGAGCGCCAUCGGAACAGCCUGCACCAUUCGUGACAGUCCUGUCUUCUCGUGCUAUGAUGUUGACAUGGUCUCCGCCUGACAACCCUAACGGCAUUAUCUUACGAUACGAGCUGUACAGAAAUGGAAGCUUGGUUUAUAGCGGGUUAAACCAAACAUACAAUGACUCUUCUCUCACUCCUGACACUGUGUAUCAUUAUUACAUCAUUGCGUACACAGCGUCGGGUCAGACUAGAAGCUUGGACGAUGGCAAGGUUUACCGCACUUUUCAAGAUGCUCCGGAUGGCGUCUCUGCCCCGGUUAUCACAGAUAUCCUACCAAGAAACGCUACUGCCUCAUGGCAGGCCCCAAUUGUAGCGAACGGACGCAUCAUUGAAUAUCGCUUGAUAUCUACUAGCAGUAGAAAUGCAGCCGAAGUUGUAAAUUGCCGCGGUAUUAUUUUUACGUGUAAGCUAGGCGACCUCAGACCCUACACCGUGUAUAACUUCACGGUUGAGGCGUGCACAAAUGGUGGAUGCACUCGAAGUAAUGUAACAACCAUCUUGACGCUACCAACACUCCCAGAUUUUCAGCCGCCACCAAAUGUGACGUCACUUCCGGGUGGGAAAGCUGUGACGGUGGAAUGGGACGAGCCACCGGAACCAAACGGAAGGAUUCUACGUUUUGAGUUGUACAUGCGCGCAGCGCCUUUCACUAGCGGCGGAGUGUUGAAGUUUAACAGCAAUCCUGCGCAUGACUCGAAUCAAAUUAACUUCAGGAAAACAAACGUGACGGGACUGAUGCCGUUCACAGAGUACGAGUUCAUGGUACGUACAUACACUGCGCAGGUCCGAGGUGACAGAGCGAGUGAAUGGACACGUCAUAAAACCGGUGAAGGAACUCCACUGGGUGAAAAUGCCAUGAACGUCCGCGCCAGUCCCUUCAACAGUAGUUCAGUGGUUGUUUCCUGGAGUCCUCCCCAGACCCCACAAGGUGUCAUUACUCACUACAUUGUAUACAAGUACCAGCCUCCUUCAAGUCCGACUGCCGUGAGGGCUGCAGAGGUAAAUGGGCCCCAGCGGCAAGGCGCGGUUGCUGAGCUGACGCCAUACACAGAAUAUAAAUUCACUGUCAAAGCUUGUAACAGCUUCGCUUGCUCAGGACAUAGCCCAGAAGCCCUUGCGCGGACAUUAUCUGCCGCUCCCGAGGGACAAGGUCAACCCACGGUGUUCUCAGUUGAUUCAUCCGCAGUGUACCUAAAAUGGUCCCAGCCUCAGACUCCUAACGGUCCUUUGCCGCCGAGUUACAACCUGAGCCGAGCCUACUCCGCACUGUUCUUCCCGCCUCCAUUAGUGUCAGCCGGAGUACACUUCCCAGGCCUUGGAUAUUACAAGUUUCCAUCUGACUUCGUCAGAUCUAGUGCUAGCAAUGAUAUUCAGUUCUGGUUCCGUACCCAGUAUGCAUCUGGACUGUUGCUGUUCUUGGUAUCGGAUGGCUCCCAGACGGACAUGUUGGCAGUCGAAUUGCGUGACGGUAAACCCUGGUUGAUAUUUGAUUGCCAAGAUGGCGCGGCCGCCUUCACGAUCAGUCAAUCAGUUCGUUUCGACGAUGGCGAGUGGCAUCAGUUGAAAAUAAAACGUGUUAGUCGUCGGGGUACCCUAACAGUUGAUGGUUACCAGGCGAGUGAGAACAGCCCCGGAACGGCGACAGUGAUUGCGCCAAACACAGGAGUGUACAUCGGGGGCCUCCCUUCUACCUUCAGACUUCUGAGGCCAGACACGGGUAAUGCUGUCUUAAAAAGGAUCAGUUUCAUUGGUUGCCUACGUGGAAUCACGUCCGAUUCGCGUCAGCUAGACUGGACUUCUGCAUUGGAAGCCGUCAGCGUCGAACCUCAGCGUAAUGGCUGUCCAGCAAGAGACAAGAAGAAUGCCAUGUUACUCAGGGGAGGUGGCUAUGUUGCCAUAGAUUCAGCAAAGGCGGGCAUCCUCACCAGCGACAUAUUUAGCUUUACAUUAAUUUUCCGCACUCAGUUGUCCUCGGGGUUGCUUCUAUUCGCACAUGGACCAACAACAACGUUUGCUAUUCAGUUUGCACAAAACCAGGUCGAAAUCAAGUACGUUACGUCGAGUGUACAAGACUCGUUCACUGUUGCACCCUUAUCUGGUGAAAUUUGUGACGGAAGAUGGCACAACGUGGCUGUAACUAAUUUCCUUGGGAAUUUAACGGUCACUGUUGAUACCAACACUGGUUCUGGACGCGGUAUCACCAACCUGGUAAUACAGUCCAUUUUUUACAUAGGCGGGGUCCCGUGGGGUUCCCCGGUCGAGACAUUUGCCCAGCAGGCUGGAGUGAAUGUGGAGUCGUCAUUUGGUGGUUGUAUGAUGGUUCAGUCUACUGCGAAAGACAUCGAUUACCCUAACACCGUCACUGCUAUGCACAAUGCUGACCUUGACGGCUGUCUUCCUGAGUCGACAGUAGCGGUCAGCAGCCAAGUGGGAGAAUGUUUUCCUUUCAAUAGCUCUGUCGUGUACUCUGGAAAGACCGAGAUGUUUAAUGACUCUUCAGCGGAUGUAUUCACUGGCUCAGCUAAAAGUGCCUGGAUUGCUUCUCGCAGUGGCCAGGGAGCUCCCGCUGGUCUCCAAGCCCCUGCACAAUUGAUGCCUUUGCCGGGCGGCAAAACAGUGAGAGUAGUCUGGACACCACCUGGGCGACCGAACGGAAUCAUCUCAGAGUACAGGAUACUUUCGUACCGUGUACACCCUCCACAGUCAACACCUGAUGAAACAGUCAUCACAGACACAAGUGUUCUUAACACUACCAUCAUAGCGCUUCAACCUUACACCACGUAUGAAAUUAGGAUCCAGGCCUUCACGGUCGGGGGAAGUGCAGUGGGGCCUGGUAAAAAUGUAACCACUCAAGAAUCAGUUCCGGACGGUGUCCCAGGCGCUACAGCUGUCCGUCGUCCAAAGGAGCUUGAGGUGCACUGGACCGAGCCUGGGCAGCCUAAUGGCAUAAUAACUCAGUAUAAUCUAACACUGGAUGGACAAGUGGUGUACAGCGGAACAAGUAACAACUUUACAAUCCAAGGCUUGUGGGCUUACACCGAGUACGCACUACAGCUAACUGCCUGCACGCGAAUCGGCUGUGCUCAAGGACCGGUGGUCCGGAUAAGAACCGGCGAGUUGCCCCCGGAGGGAGUAAAGGCCCCAGAGGUAUUGGUGCGUGGAAGAACCGAAGUUGAAGUAUCUUGGGAAGUUCCAACAAUCCUCAAUGGGUCAAUUGUACGUUACGAAAUCCUGUUCGCCACCAGCGAUGUUUUGAGUGCUUAUGUCUCAAAAUUCAAUGCCACUCCAAAUGUGUUUAACACUGUUAUCGGAAAUCUCACAGCAGGGACAUUGUAUUACGUUCGAGUACGUCCCUUCACCGGAGGCGGCGGGACAUUUAGUAAUGCGACACAGGUAACAACGCACGAGGAUGUCCCGGAUGAUAUCCCAGCUCCCAUUGUGGUCGCUGACAGUCCAUACGCUUUAUCUGUCAUCAUGCUACCGCCAGAUAAACCAAACGGAGUCAUCACGCGCUAUGAACUGUACCAAGACUCCAUAACAGACCCAGUGUUGAAUGUAACCCAGCUCACGAACCACACAGCAAGAGGCUUUGCACCGUACAGCCGUCAUACGUUCCGCGUUCGAGCGUGCACGGCGCAAGGCUGCGCCUACGGCGCGUUAGCGGUGGCUUUCACUCAAGAGAUUGCACCGAAUGGUACAGUGACUCUGUCGACAAACAUCCGCAAUGCUACAGCGGUUAACGCUCGGUGGACACGCGUGGCAGUGCCUAACGGAAGGCUGUUCUACAACUUGAUGGUUUAUGGUAGAUUCAUUGUGCAGGGUUCUGUUGAGUUAGAAACUGAGGAACGCGUGGAGACUGCCAUUUCUGUCGAGGAAGCCGAAAAGGAUUUCAUCUACAAUGGCCUUCUUCCCUAUACUACUUACACAUUCUGGGUCAACGCGUCCAAUUCUGUUGGCUUUGUUCUAAGUAACAAUGUCACUAACUCCACCCCUGAAGGAGUCCCCGAUGGUUUGAAAGCGCCCAACGUCACUGUGUUGAAUUCAACUUCGGUACAUGUCACGUGGGAACAGCCCGCGUUGCCUAAUGGAAUUGUAGUUGGCUAUGGACUGAUUCAGAAAACCGACGGGGCUGAAACUCUUCUUUUCAGUGGAAUGGGAUUUAGUUUUACAGUAACUAACCUCCAGCCUUUCACGGUCUACGAAUUCCGCGUGAAUGCCACUACUGCCGCAGGGUCUGGCUUUAGUGAGGGGACUCAGGUUACGACCCUUGAAGAUGUUCCCAGCUCUCCGGAUCCACCAUUAUUUAGGAACGUGACUUCAACUUCUGUAACGGUGGUCUGGGACCCCCCAGCAGAACCCAAUGGUGUGCUGUUACGUUACAUCAUCUAUCAGAAUGGCACUGAGAUCCAGAGAGUCAUGGGAAACGUUACAAGCUAUGUUGCAUCUGGUCUCCAACCCUUCUCUGUCUACGUUUUCAAGCUGGGUGUGUGUACAGAGGUCGGCUGCAGUAACAGCUCUGACUCAGCCCCGCAAAGGACUCUGGAAUCUGGUCCCCGAGGUUUGUCUGCACCAAGGCUGUCAUCAACGUCUGGAAGGACUGUGGUGAUAGAAUGGGACCCACCUUCUGUACCAAAUGGCAUCUUACAGAAAUAUCUUAUCCAGCGGCGCGUGGUGCGAAGUGAUAAUCCGUCCGACGUUGCUGAAGUGAACGCUUCUCUUCCACGGCGUUAUGUGGAUAAUACAGCUCGGCCAAUAACUACGUAUCAGUACCGCAUAAUUGCUUAUAACAGUGGACCUGGAGAGCCCAGUCCUUACAGUAAUGUUACUACAGGCGAGGGAGACCCCGAGGGUAUCGCAGCUCCUACUGUCCGAGCGCUCAGUCCAUACGCUUUACAUGUGGCCUGGACACGACCCAGCACUCCUAAUGGUGUGGUCACGCACUAUAUUAUCAGAGUCAACGACCAACAAACCUCACGCAACACCACUGUCAAUGCGAACGCGCCGUUUGAAGUCAAUGUAACGUCACUAGAUCCCUACAUCCUGUACAAUGUCAUUGUUAGCGCAUGCACAAUUGGAGGAUGCGGAAGCAGUUCGCCGGCUCAAGUGCGUACGCUUCCUGCGAAGCCCGAAAUGCAACCCGCACCAGUCGCUGAGGCGGAGUCCCAGACUUCAUUGCGCGUUAGGUGGGAUGCACCACUCAGGCCUAACGGGGUCAUCUUGCGGUAUGAGCUUUUGAGGAGUACGGUGGAGGACCUUGUGGGAAAUAACAUCACUCAGCCUACAGAGUUUGUAAAGGUGUUUCAAGGCACGCCUUUAGUCACCGAGUAUCUUGAUACUGGCCUCGGAAUCUUCUCCUUACAUCAAUACAAGGUCACAGUGGUUACUGGGCAAGGUAACACCACUAGCAACUCAUCCCUACCCUACAGAACAAGCCCUGCCCCUCCCCUGGCGGGCGCCACUGUCAAUGGAACUGCCCUGAAUCACACCUCAGUGUUGGUCACGUGGUUGCCUCCUGGGAUCCAGAAGCUCCGUGGUACUGUUGCGUCGUAUUUUUUAGAGAUUGAAGACACGUCGGCCCCGUCCUCUCCUGUGAGUCUUGUGGGGACGUAUCCCGGAAACCAGACCCGUACAACGGUUACAAACCUCAAGGCCAACACUGUUUACAAAUUUUACGUUGAACUGGAUAAUGGAGCAGGCCGGUUUAAGAGUGAUGGCUUCCAAAUCAGAACCUUGGAUGGAAUGCCCGAGGGAUUCGGCCCACCUGCAUUGUACGCUCUAAGCAGCACCGAGAUCCGUGUGAGCUGGAAUCCACCAACAGAGCCGAAUGGAGUUGUUAUAUUGUACAAAAUAUACGUAAACGAUACCUUGUGGACCAACGCGACUGGAGGUGAACGACAAGCCGUGGCAUCUGGACUCGAGCCAUUUACAUACUAUGUCAUAAAGGUGGCGGUGUGCACCACACACGGGUGUACGAUGAGUGAUCCAACAUCAGCUACCACUGAUGCUGCUGCGCCCACAGGUCUUGCUGGACCGCGCCUCACCGCAGGUUCAACCUUUAUAUUUGUCCAGUGGGAGCCGCCUUCCCGUCCAAAUGGAAUCAUGUCUGGUUAUCAGAUUUUCAGAAGAAUGGUUUACCAGUGUCCUACGAGUCCGCCACCACAAGCCAAGUGCACUUUCAUCGAGUGUCACCUAUCGGAGCAGUUAUGUGGAGUCACUUGUUAUAAUCCAGCUAAUCAGAUGUGUUGUAAUGGAGUUCUGUAUUCACGUGACCCAUCCAAGACCUGUUGUGGUACGAGCUACUUGCGUAAGAACCAAGCCUCUGACGUGUGCUGCGGAAACACUUUCCACGUACAGCAGGCCGACUAUCAGUGUUGCUAUGGAGACUACAUCCAGGUUUCCUCAGGCCGUGUCUGUUGCCCGAAAUCUCAGGGUGGGACUGUGGUAGGGCUAGGUAAUGCCUGUUGUGGGGACACCCCAUAUAAUAAGAAUAACCCAUCGAAGGUGUGUGUAUGUGAGGCGCUGUAUGAUCCCGUGCCGCCGAGGAAAUGCUGUGGAGGAAAGGUUGUGGCCUCUGCACAAGUCUGCUGCGGAGAUGAAACCAACGGAGCUGAGUACGACCUGGAGAGCAGUAAGAGUUGUUGUGGAACUCGAUACGUGCCAUCAGAUACGAGCCUGUGCUGCAAGGGAUCAGCAGGAGAUGUAGUGGUGUUUAAUUAUAGCAGCGCAGCCGAUAAGACCUCGUCCAAUCACAAAUGCUGUGGCAAAAGUCGAGUGUCCAGUGGUUUAUCCUGCUGCAACGAGCGCGGUUAUGACCCUAGUUACCAGACCUGCGCGGACAAGUCAAGCAACGGGACCCAAGAUUGUGGAAUGGGUACUAUUUGUAACAAGACUGACGCAAACGUGGCAAUGUGUGACCGCUGUGAUUUCGACAACACGACGCUGAACUGCGGUUUUGUAGCUGGUUAUUAUGCGCCUACUCCAUCGACUGUUGUGCCGCAAAUUUGCGCAACAGAUUACGAAGAAAUUCUCAAAAACCAAUACAAUCCGAAUCUUCGAGAGUACAAUGACACCAAUCUAACGCCGCACACAGUUUAUGAGUAUUACCUUGUUGCCAUAAACACCGAAGGCAACGUGUCUAGUCCAGAAGCGCAGAACAGAACGCUUAUGGGUCGCCCUGAAGGUCUUCAAGCACCGGUAGCUGUACCGAUAUCCUCCACGGAAAUAAGAGUAACUUGGAGUAAACCUUCCAAGCCCAACGGAAUAAUCCAGGAAUACAGGCUCACGCGAAUUAACGGUCAAACUGCACAGCGCCGAGUGGUAUAUAACGGUCUCAAUAUGACUUUUACUGACCGUGGACUCGAGCCCUUUACUGGCUAUCGUUACAUCAUCGAGGCUUGCACGACGCACUGCUCAUCAGCGGAAAUGACAUCACUGAUCUACACAGACCAGGCUGCACCUGGUUAUGUGAACCCGGCCAUUUUAGUUUCGGUGAACUUCAGUGCCAUAAACGUGUCGUGGGUGGAGCCCCCCAAGCCUAAUGGGCAAAUCAUUCGUUACAAUAUAAGCCGUGUCAUAAACAGCACUUUCAAGAUUCAGUUGAACCCCAAUGACAAAGGUUUGAGUAUGAGUCUUGUGAUUGGUGGACUGACGCCCUACACCAACUAUACUUUCGAAGUUGUCGCGUGCACGCGCGUGGGUUGUACAGCAAGUCCGCUGGCCUCUACACUGACAUUGCAGGCGCCUCCUGAAGGCGUGAACCCUCCGAAUCUGACCGUAACAGGCGCGAGAGAAAUUGAAGCCAUGUGGGUCGAGCCAGAUGUUCUGAAUGGUGUUAUUGUGAAAUACUCGCUUUACCGAGGAAAUCUUCUUGUGUAUAAUGGAACGGAUGCCUGCUAUAAGAACAAGGACGGUAAAGAUACGUGUAUAUUUCAAGACAAAGGCAAUGGUCUUCAGCCAGUAACGACCUACAGUUACUCAGUGGGCGCCACCACCGGUGGGGGUACCACUAACAGCAGUGUCACCACUGCCACCACCCCUGAGAGUUCUCCAGAGGCCAUUCCUAAGCCUGUUCUGACCGUGGAGGGUGCUGAUAGUAUUUUGGCAGAAUGGAGCGAGCCUGGUCAAACCAAUGGCAACAUUACAAGUUAUUCUGUGAUCGUCAAUGGAACUGAGCAUAACGUUGGUCUUAAUAUGACGAAAGUAAUCAAAGGAUUGAGUCCCUUCACUGUGUAUUCCGUUCGCGUCAAAGCCUGCACUGCUAAAGGCUGCGGACUCGGAGACCGGGAGUACGCGACAACUGACGAGGCCCCGCCAAUAGGACAAGGAGAGCCAACGUUAGUUCCCCAGGAAUGGAAUGUCGUUCAGAUAUCUUGGUCGCCGCCAAGUUCUCCUAAUGGAAUCAUCACUAGUUAUGAAGUCUACCGGAAGGUAGGAGCUGGUGCGCCCCUUUUGGUUUGUUUCACUUCCAAGCUGACCUGCCUGAACACUGGACUCCUGGGAUACACGGAAUAUUCUUACAAAGUGAGAGCUAGGAAUAGCGCUGGAUUUGUAGACGGGCCCUGGAAAAAUGUGCGCACCCCUGAAGGACCCCCUCAGGGUAUUAAUCCGCCAUCUUUGAAUGUUGUCAACUCUACUGCUGUAAACGUGUCUUGGACAGCACCAUCUCAGCCCAACGGUGUCGUCACGCACUAUGAAGUGCGUUACCGCGAAGAACUGCAAGUUCCCGACAACAACAACAUCACUGUCGCAGCACGGGUGACAAGCAACAUCUCUGCUGUGACUGUAGACGGGUUGAAACCUCAUACAGACUAUCAGUUUUUGAUCGCUGCCAUCAACAGCCGACGUGAGGGUACAAGUGCUUGGGCGGCAGCAAAAACCAAGCAAGCUCCUCCAGCAGACAUUCGUCCACUGCAAGCUGACAAAGCAGCAGAUGGAAAGAGCAUACGUCUGUUCUGGGAUGAGCCGGGAAACCCUAAUGGCAUCAUCACACACUACAAACUGUAUAAAGAUAGCCUGCAAUUGUAUCUCGGCGCUGCGCGCGAGUACACGGUCACAAAACUGGUUCCUUUCACCGCGUACGAGUUUCAGCUAGAAGCUUGUACAGUUGCAGGCUGCACUCGGGGCUCAGUGCAGAUCAUUUUCUCCGCAGAGGUGGACCCACAGGGUCAAUCCCCGCCCACUAGUGGAUUUGUAAAUGCAACUGUUGUGCAGAUCAGUUGGAAGCCACCAGCCGUUCCAAAUGGCGUCAUAAUCCGUUACGAGGUGUACAGGACAGUCACGCCAGUUCAGAAGCGGAGAAAGCGCGCUGUCACGCCAUCUUCUGACUCGCUGAUACAUACCACAAAUGACACAAACAAGACGAAUUUCGUGUACACAGACACCGGACUAAAGCCUUACACUCAGUACGGCUACAUUGUGCGGGCGGUCAACAACGGAGGUUUUGCCGACAGUGACUUGUUAACUGUCACAACAGACCAAGCCGCUCCCACUUUCAUCGACGCGCCGCUUGUCACGGUUAUCGACGCCUACUCUGUGAACGUGACAUGGAGAGAACCAUCAGAACCUAACGGCGUGAUCCAGUUUUACUUCGUGUACAGGAACGAGUCGAUAAAAUACGAAGGAAAUGGGAAUAAGAUGAGUUUCGUGGACCAAGGUUUAGACGCUUAUACCGUGUACAGUUACACUAUAAAGGCGUGUACGUCAGGCGUGCUAUGUACACUGAGUUCUCCAACAAGCCGUCGAACAGCCCAGGCGGCUCCGUCAGGUGUGCGCCCCCCUGGUCUGGAAGCUGUUAGCCCAGUGGCUAUCAGGGCAUCCUGGGGGGUGCCUGACAAGCCCAAUGGAAUCAUCACCAGGUUCCAACUGUACGAGGUCGGUAACAACUCUCCGCUUUAUACCGGACUGGACGUGUCGUUGACGAUCAGCAGCAAAGAACCUUACACGAAAUAUUCCUUUUACAUCAUAGCUUGCACAAGCGCGGGAUGUACGCAGAGUGCAGCCGCUGAAGUGCGCACCAAAGAGGCCCCUCCCACGGGUCUUGAUGCUCCAAGAGCCACUGUCGGUGGCUCUUCGUUAGUACGAGUGGAAUGGAACUCCCCACGGAAACCUAAUGGCUUAAUCCUGUACUACCUGCUUACACGUAACGGCUCUCAGAUUUACAACGGCACUGAUAUGCGAUUCGAUGAUUACACUGUGGCGUCAUACACCAUAUAUGCGUAUGUCGUGACAGCCGUUAACUCGGUGGACCGCGUGACCAGUCCUCCAGGCUUCAGCCCUCCGACAAAUCCUGGUGUGCCUGAUAACGUUAGCGCUCCUACUCUUGAGGUGCUAAGUGCGACGUCAAUGAAAGUGUCAUGGGCAGUUCCCGGGAUACCAAAUGGUGUUAUUUCCAAGUACGAAGUGCGGUAUAAUUUCAAAGGAGCGCAAGGGAACGCGCAAGUCAAGGAUGCCGGUGUUUCGAAGGAGACAACCCUCAUUGGCCUACUGCCUUACACGCUCUAUGAAGUCAGAAUACACGCUUGUACAAUCCAAGGAUGUAGCACAGGCGAGGCACAAUCUGCCCGUACUUUCGAGGCUCCACCAGAAGGUCAGAAUCCCCCGGAUUUCCCGAGGUUGGAUAUCGGUGCUAGGAGGGUGUUGGUCGUGUGGAGGGAACCGCUAAAACCGAAUGGAUUCAUGUUGUUUUACAGAUUGUAUCGGCGCGGAGCAUCCCUAUAUGGAAAUCAGGCGAUUGUUUACGGUCCAGAAAUGUCUGUUGUGAACGUAACAAAUGGUUCGGCGUUAGCGUACAACGACACAGACGUGAAACCGUACUACAAGUACGAAUAUCGCGUGAUUGCGGGAAACAGCGCAGGGGAGACUGCGAGUGACUGGUCAGUGGUUCAAACAUUAAGCGCGCCACCAGAGCAGCUAAAAGCGCCACACGUAAACAAAACCUAUCCUAACAGUUUCGACGUGUUCAUUCUUGAACCUGGGACACCUAAUGGUGAAAUAAGAAAUUACAUAUUAGAAGUGUCUGGACGAAAUGUAUCUGAAGGCCUGUUGACCAUUCGUGAAGUGUCUGGACUUGAACCAUUUACAGAGUAUGUUUUACGUGUGCACGUGUGUACGGACGGAGGUUGUGCUGUGGGACCGAGCGUGACCCGCAGGACUUCAGUGGGUGUUCCCACCGGGUUCCCUGCCCCUUCCCCGGUCGAGAUAAACGCUACUUCAGUAACACUGGAAUGGGACGAGCCAAGCCAACCCAAUGGAAUCAUUCAAAGAUAUGAAGUUCUGUAUCAUAAAUCUUGUGAUGAAGUCUGUCCCUCUGCAAUGCCAGUGAACGUUAGCAAUGCUGGCCUUUCACGACGUUAUAUUAUCCGGGAUUUGUCGCCUUAUACCAUGUACAGCUUCAAGAUACGGGUUUAUAACACCUUAACUUUCGGUUUGUCAGGUGAACAGCUCGUGGUGACUAAAGCAACAAAUCCCGAAAUAACAGGACAGAAACCACAAGUGAAAGUGACAGGGCUUCGCGUGGCUGUGGACUGGAGCAAGUGCUUUAAAUUAAACGGUCCACUGGACAGUUACGUACUGUUAGAAAAUGGAUUACUUAUUUACGAAGGACUACAAAACAAGCGGGACCUGGGGACUAGGAACUUAGGAAGUGAGAGCAGUUGGAACUACACUUACAAAGCUCAAGCCACUACAUUAGUCGACGGCCGAAAAGUCACUGUUACAGCACCAUUGAGUGAUUCAGUAAGAUUAAUUGAAGGUAUCCCACCAGGAACUCCAGCUCCCCGAACAGCCUCUGCGGAGUGGUACCGGAGCGUGUGGUUCAUAGCUGUCAUGGCGUUAAUAGCCAUCAUCAUCUUGUUCGUGUUUUUGGCCUGUUGUCUCUACAGGUCUAGUGGAAGUAGGACAGUGUAUGUACGUGAUAGGGAACCUUUGCCUCCUCGCACUAAAAUCCGGUCCAGACCUCCAUCCAUGUCGAGUCUCUACACGUCCAGUGACAGAAAGAACGGAAGCAUGAUUGAUAUGCAUUCGAUGCAGAAUCCUUAUCACAGCAGUACCACAGCUUUGUAUGACAGCACGGAGCGACUGCACAAGGCAGCUGAUCAGUAUGGUUUCUAUAAUGGUAGUCUUCACAAGGCUCCACUGGAUGACACUCAAGAUUGGGAUGGUUUCAUGAAGAGCCACAGUAACAGAGAUUCAGGAUUGUAUGAUGACGAGAGCCCAGACAGUGAACAGAGUACGCCGUAUCAUAGCUUUAAGAGGGAGCAGCCCUUCAAGGACACACAUCUUUAGUCCAUCAAAUUGCAAAAAUAUGUAACCUUUUAAAUGACAUAUUGUAUGAAUAUUAUUGAUGAAUAAUGUUUGAAGUGUAGGUACUAUAUUUUGCUUUGUCACAACCAAGGAGUGUUAUUUUGUAUUUUACAUUUGCUGACGACCAAUAAUUGUAAGUAGCUUUCUUUAGUAUCUAGACAAUUACAGAGAAAAGUUGACUUUUUUAAAAAGCAAAUAGUUUUCUGCUAAAUUUGUGUAAUUUACUUGAAGCAUUGUAGGUACUUCUUUACUAUGUAAUACUUGCGAUUUCCUUGUUUUUGAAACCGCAUUUUUUUAAUAGCCACAGUGCUCUGGCAGCACUUUUAGCGUUUAAUGGUCUUUGAUCACUGCUGCGUUCAAUAAAAUUCCACUGCACGUGAAGACCGUGCAUAGCUAACAA